GCGCAGUCGCAGGCAGUGAGCUCUCUCCUGCUGCUGUGCUCCCAUCGCUUUCCCCCUCCCCCUCCCCCUCCCCCCCCAUCCCCAGAUGCGAUUCCGUCCCCACCGCGACCUCGCCUAGCCACCCCGACGCCGCAAUGGCGAGUGCGUCGGAGGACGACGCCGCCUCGGAGCGCUGCUGCGGCAGCUACAGCCCCAGCGCCGACGUCAGCGAGUCCGAGACCUCCAGCGACUGCUCCGCGCCCACCACCCGCCGCUUCGCCUCCUCCUCCUCUGCCACCGUCUCACGCCUCGCGUCCUCCUCGUCCUCCCUCCCCACACCGGCCUCCGCCGCCGCCUUCUACCUCUCCAAGCCCGCCUCCGACAUCUCCGAGAUCGACAUGAUGAAGGAGCGAUUCGCGAAGCUCCUACUCGGCGAGGACAUGUCCGGCAGCGGCAAGGGCGUCUGCACCGCGCUCGCCAUCUCUAACGCCAUCACCAACCUCUCCGCUACCGUGUUCGGCGAGCUGUGGAGGCUGGAGCCGCUCGCGCCGGCGAGGAAGGCGAUGUGGACGCGGGAGAUGGAGUGGCUGCUCUCCGUCGCCGACUCCAUCGUCGAACUCAUCCCCUCCAUCCAGGAGCUCCCCGAAGGUGGCGGUCAGUUCGAGGUCAUGGUGCCACGCCCUCGCAGCGACCUGUACAUGAACCUCCCCGCUCUAAAGAAGCUCGACGCCAUGCUCCUCGCGAUGAUUGACGGGUUCAAGGAGACAGAGUUCUGGUAUGUGGAUAGGGGCAUUGCAGUCGAGGAUAGUGGGGGUCCGUUCCCCUCGUCGUCGUCUCGCGGGCGGCCAUCAUCGGUGCGGCAGGAGGAGAAGUGGUGGCUGCCGUGCCCGCGAGUGCCGCCCAAGGGGCUGUCCGAGGAUGCAAGGAGGAAGCUGCAGCAGAGCAGGGAUUGUGCAAACCAGAUACUGAAGGCAGCCAUGGCGAUUAACAGCGAUGUGCUCACCAAUAUGGAGAUCCCGGAAGCGUACCUGGAGACACUGCCAAAGAGUGGUAAAUCAUGCUUGGGGGAGAUAAUUUACCGAUACAUAACAGCUGAACAAUUCUCACCAGAAUGCCUCCUAGAUUGCUUGGAUCUGUCAUCUGAGCACCACACACUAGAAGUAGCAAACAGAAUCGAAGCUGCCAUCCAUGUUUGGAGACUGAAAGGUCAAAAGAAGUCGACGCCUCAAGCUAAAUCAAAGAAAUCUUGGGGUGGAAAAGUGAAGGGUCUGGUCAAUGAUAAGGAAAAGAGCCACACUUUGUCCGAAAGAGCUGAUGGUUUAUUGCAGAGCUUAAGAUUACGAUACCCUGGUCUGCCACAAACUUCCCUCGACAUGAACAAGAUCCAGUAUAACAAGGAUGUUGGGCAGUCCAUACUUGAAAGUUACUCAAGGGUCCUGGAGAGCUUGGCAUUUAACAUAAUCGCAAGAAUUGAUGAUGUGCUUUAUGUUGAUGAUGCAACCAAGAAGUCUGCCGCAGCCGAGUCUGUUUCGAUCUUCAAUCGUGGCAUAGGUGUACCAGUUCAGAAGAGAAUCUCACCAAGCCCAUUCUCGAUUCAGAAUACACCGUAUGCCUCCCCAUUUGCAACACCCACUUUCUGCUCCUCCACUCCAGUUACAGGCAGUCCUGGAAGGGUACAGCCCCCAUUAAACAAAAGUAGUUUAGGGAAACAAGAAAUUAAAGUCGAGAAGAUCUUUUCUGGUGAUCUAGAGAAGGUCUGGACAUAUGCCGGAAACCUGAGCGCUAGGAAAGACGUAGGAGAUGCUCCUGAGAGGGACUGAAGGGGGUGGUGAUGGAAGUCGACAGGUAUCAACAGAUCCUGUCAUUGCGGGUAGCUAGAUUUUCUUUGUACAGAAGCAGCAUUUGUCAUUUUUUGUGCUUUCUUAGCGAGCCAGUGAUUGUGUAUCUCUACUUACAAUUAAUGGAUGGCAUCUGAUCUGAACAGUACAGCUUGUAGUUACACUUGUUUUCUGGGCUGAGUUCAGCAGCAAGUGACUAUAUCCCUGCUCCCGUUGCUGAUGCUUUUUUGUCGUUGAAUGUAUUGAUAAAAAAUUAACUUCAGUCGCUGUGGAAUGUAAGCUGAUCUUGUAUUCUGAUGCCUGAUACUCUGCUGCCUGUUUUUGUGUUUAUAUAUGCACCUAAUGAAUUGAC